CAUUCUUUUAUGGUCCCUGCAAACGUCGGACAAGCUUCACCUUGCCUAUGAGGUGUUAAAGAUGGCAAAAGAAUGGUGGGAAGGCGAAUUAGCAAACGAUAUUCUAGCCGUACUUCGCGUAAAGGAGCUCACCUUGGCGAAAUUCAAAGCUUCAUCUCCACAACUCGCUGUUCGGCGGUAUCUCGUUGACUGGUUGGCGAUAAUCUUUGAGAAAGUCGGAUCAUCUUAUGGCAUUUUGCAUCUGAGCGUCAGCCUCAUGGAUUAUUUCAUGGACAAUCACGAUAUACCCGAACCACAGUUGCAUCUGGUUGCACUCACUUGCUUUCUGUUAGCAGCAAAAUUUGAUGAAACCGAGAAUAGAAUUCCUACCAUCGAGCAGCUCAACUCUUUCGUACAUAACUCAUUUGAAAGAUCAGAAUUUCAUGCGAUGGAGUUGAUUUUACUGGAUCAUUUCUCAUGGAAUGUCGAUCUCCCGACUGCAGCAAGCUUCGUUGAAAUGUUUCUUGUUCAUUCUGUUUUACCAGAUGACAAUCACUCAGGCCGGCCUCUGAAUAACUGCGCGAAAGCGAGAGUCUACGUUAGAAAAUAUGUUCACUAUUUCCUAGAAAUAUCAUUACAAGAUCAUAAAUUUCUAUCAUUCAAACCAUCAGUUGUGACAGCAGCCGCAGUGGCUUCUGCAAGGUCCUGUCUUCAUCUCACACCAACGUGGAAACCGGCGCUUGUGGAGUUAACACAUUACGAAUACUUCCAGAUAUGCGAGUGUGUUGAUCUCAUGCUUAAAGCUCAUGAUGCUGAUGAAAAAGCGAUGUCUAAUUCUCAUGCAGUUGUUCAAUCCAACUCUAAUGUUGUACUACAAUCUCCAGCAAGUACAAACUAGCUGCAUAGUAUUUAAUGGACUUCUCUUGGAAAUUUAAUUGUAUACCGUAUUAUAAAAGAAUGACAAAUUAUUUAAAGAGAUAUAUAUAUAUAUAUC